AUGUUGGUCUGCACGUUUGUGUCCUCCUCCAUUGCAUGUUGGUUGUUACUCGACCUGAUUGGGACCUUUCGUGUUGUCUGCCGAUGCGUUCGCCCAUCCUUGGAGGUGUGCCCGGGAACCACAAACGUCAAGUGUGGAGGCAUGAUCCAGGUGGAUCUUCCAGCGAACAGAUUCUGUUGUAGCUUGUGGUUUAUGGUCUCAACUCGCAAACAAAUCGAGGAUUCGGGUGAAGAACUUGUUGGACCAUUAAUUUCAGAAAAAGCUCUUCGACAAAAGAAGAAGAAAGCAAUAGUAGAAGGAGAAGGAACCGAUGCUAAGAUUGCGUCGUUGGCGCAACAAAUGGAGAAAAUGACGUUGAUGAUGGCAAAUUUGGUGAAGGAUCUUGCACGCAAAUCGCAGGAUGAGAUUUAUGAAGAUUCAAGGAGGAAGACCUCAAGAACUAAAACAUCCAAAGUUAAGAAAAGGGUGCAAUUUAGUGAAGAGGAAGAUUCCAAUGAGGAAGAGCAUUGA